AUGGGUAAAGCCGAGGCUGGGUCGCUCAAGGCGAUCUCUAAUGCCAUCAAGGCAAAGGGCCUGACAAAGCUACGCUUCUACUGCCAGAUCUGUCAGAAAGCAUGCCGCGACGAGAAUGGGUACCGCAGUCACCUCGAGUCGGAAGCACACUUCCGGCAGAUGGAUGCUAUCGCAUCGUCUGGUGGCGCUCAGAAAGUCAUCGAUGACUUUAGUGCCACUUUCCAAAAGGAGUUCGUUCAGCUGCUCAACCGACGCUUUGGUACCCGUAGAAUUCGUGCCAACCAGGUCUACCAAGAGUACAUUGCGGAUCGCCAUCACACACAUAUGAACGCAACCCAAUGGACAAGCCUGUCCGAAUUCGUCAAGCAUCUCGGCAGGGAGGGUAUCGUGCAAGCUGAGGAUACCGACCAAGGUUGGUACAUCACAUGGAUUGACAAUUCCCCUGCAGCUUUGGCACGCCAAGAUGCACUGCAGAAGAUGGAGCGCGCCAAGAUGGACGACGAGCAGCGACAACGUCGACUGCUUCAAGAGCAGAUCGAAAGGGCAUCACAAGCGACCUUGUCCGGUCCGGUAAAGGAAAAUCAAAAAGACACGCAAUCGACAACAGACAAGACCCCUGAGGGCCUGCAGAGGACCAGUGAUGCCCCGAUACGCAUAGGCUUAUCUCUCGGCGGCGUUGCUCGAAAGCCAGACAAAGAAUCCGACAGCACUCAGACUACCAGCAUGAAUAGCUCUGCAUCUGUGCCACUGACAAAGUCGGCGCCCACUUCCUCCGCUCCAGCUGCUUUCAAGAUGGGCUUCAACGUGCUCAAAUCUACUUCGAAGCCAGCCAAUCCGCUCAAACAGGCCGACUCGAUGCGUUCAACAAGCGAUUCCAGCAAAAGCAAAGGCCAGUCCAGCAGCUCAACUAGCAAAGCCAAGCCACCAAGCAGUAUGACCAUGGCCGAGAAGAUCAUGCACGAGGAGCUGGAGCGCAAGAAAAGGAAGGCCAACUCCUCUUCGGGCCGGUCUGCUGGCCCGCAGAUGCAGCAAGGCGUCAAACGGAGCCGAUUUUGA